GGCCUCACUGGAGCAAUCAUGGCGGCAGAGGGAGACGUCGAUUUGGAUCUGGAAGCCGAGGAAAACUGCACUGGGAAACCGGCAGAAAAGCCUCGGAAACAUGACAGUGGAGCCGCUGAUUUGGAGAGAGUCACGGACUACGCGGAGGAGAAGGAAAUCUCCAGCUCCGAUUUAGAAACGGCCAUGUCAGUGAUUGGAGACAGAAGGUCGCGAGAACAGAAAGCUAAACAAGAGAGAGAAAAAGAGCUGGCCAAAGUCACCAUCAAGAAAGAGGACGUAGAACUAAUUAUGUCGGAGAUGGAGAUUUCGAGGGCCGUGGCAGAGCGCAGUCUGAGGGAACACAUGGGGAACGUGGUGGAGGCUCUGGUGGCUCUGACCAACUGAACAAACAGGAUUUUCACACACUGGACUGCUUCACUUUGUGUUUUUUACCAGAGCUCACCAAGACAACAGGGCUGAACUGAAGUCAGCGGUUAAAGUCUUGUGACGUAAUCAACCCCCCCCCCCCCUUUUUCUUUUAUAAAAUAAAAGUUGACCUGCCUC